UAUUAGGUCCCACGAUUGGCACUCCAACAUCUUGCCUGAUUAUGGGGGUUAAGAGACGACGUCGCCCGCCCCCCUACGUCAGCAAAGACAGUCUAGUGCUCUCACAUGGAGCACGACGACGAGUCAGAGGCAUCCGACAACCAUGAGUCGGAAGGAGAAAAAUGUAGAGACAGACCACUCUACCGAAUCUCCGUACGAGGCUGACGAGGAAAGUACAGAGGACCAACCCUCUUCGGAAGAUGGAGACGAAGACAGCGCAAGUGAAGAACAACCACCACCCCCACCACUAGUGCCACCCCUAGAACAUGCGACUCUCCCCCGAUGCCAUGAAGAGCCCGACGAUACCCUCCUCCGUACAGCCGAACGUCUCCUCUCGUUCACCCUUGCGAGGGCAUGCGCAGAGGAUGUCCAAGGUCAAGGCAUUGCUGCUAAACUGCCACCCACUAACAUUCAUACCCUCAUUCGCGCACCUCGUCGAUUCGCACAUCCUGCAUGGAUACCCCGUCAACCGUUUUCGCCGGCUUUGGAUGGUUUCUUGGACGCAUUUUUGGAUACGUCUGCGGACAGUAAGGAACCGAAAACCCCUCCGACAACCACCGGAACGACGGCGGGAAAGCAACGAGACCGGAAGGGAAAUGUCUGGGUCGAGGGUAUUUGGGCUCGAGCACGUGGGUCGGGGAGCGAAUACCAGCCGAGAGCGCCGGGCGGUGUGAAGGGGAUUGAGUCGGAAGGUCAAUCAGCGACCGAUAGAGAAGAUGCAGAUGCGGACGUCGAUGAACAAGACGAGUUGAUCUGGUGGGGUUGGGAUGGAAAACUGACAGGGUUUACAGAUUGGUGGAGUCAACUCCGUUCUUUGCUUUCCCUCUUUACGAUGCAUAGUUUUGCGCUGUCCUUGCCGCACUCGAGUAGCAUUCACCAUACAUGCACGCAUUGCCUACGAACAUGAGUGUGUGGCGGUCACCACUACUCUUAGGAAU